CAGCAGCAAUGGGAGGCCAUACAGCACCCUAUGACAAAAUGGAACCCACCAGCAGUGUGAGGAGACCUGAAAGUGGCACAUGGCAGAGUGUGGCGAUGGAGACAGCAGCAAUGGGAAGCCGUACAGGGACCCAUGACACACUCUGGACCUGGCAGCAGCAUGAGGAGGCGGUACAGGGGCCCAUGACAGAUUACGGGCCUGGCAGCAGCAUGAGGAGUCGGCGGUACAGGGGCCCAUGGCAGAGUGGCAGAGCGUAAGCAGCUAAAAUUGAAGGCCAUACAGAGGCCUAUGUUAAAAAGUCCCCCCAGCAGCAGCGUGGGGAGACGACUAUCAAGAGUCCAAUGGCAGAGUGGCGGAGCAGAAGCAGCUUCAAUUGAAGGCCAUACACAGGCCUAG